UCAGUACAUUAGUUGAGCCAUCAACCAUACGCCAAGUGUCAAUGUCAAAUUUAAUUUUGUAAACAAUUAAAAUAGUCUAAUAUAAUUCAUAAAUAUUUAAUUAUACAGCUUAUUUUACAUCAAUUUAUUGCAAGAACAUAAUUUAAUCUUGUAAUUGAGUUAAGAAAUAAAAAAGCAAAUAAAUAGAUGGCGUUUCCUCAGCCAAAUGCACAAAGAGAGUUGACAAAUAGAAAAAUUUUGGAGGAACUACAACUGAAAAAGCAGAUGCUAUUGAAGCAAGGUGCAGUAGCUCCACUCACUGCCACCACGAUAUCUUUAACGCAACCGAGUCCCGUAAGCCAGCUGCCUAUGUGUUCUAUACCACCAUUAUCCGCUACUGCUGGCUUCCCUCAACUACCAGAGGCUAACAUAGUAAACACAAGCCACAGAGCAGCUUUACAACACGCGAACGCGACAUCCUGUGGAUAUUUUGUGUCACAGGACUCUUCUUUUGGGAAUCAAAUAUUACCUGUAUUGCCAAGAUUUGAUAACAAGUAACCAUGUCAGCCACAAUGAAAUUAAAGACGUUGGAGGG